CGCCAGCAUGCAAGUCAUUCGCGGCCCCGCCAGGGUUCGUCAAGACAACACGUAACCCAAAGCAGUUCCCAGGGUAGUUUCGUGAACUUCGAGCUGUUGCUGCGUGACCGCCUUCUCCAAACCAAAGAUCCUACCUCAAUUCUUCCGCUCGGCCACAGCACAUCCCCCACCCGGCCUGCGAAAAUGCGUUCCUUCACGGGAGCCCUGCUCCUCCUCUCCUCGGUCCUCACCACCGUCAAUGCGAAGCUCAUCCUGCCGCCCUCGUUCGCGCCCGCGCCCGUCUUCAGAAAUAUCAAUCUACUGCGCUCGAUAGAUCUGACGAAACCGUACUCGAAGGAAGUCAUUUCCGUUAUCGUCGAGAAUGUCUCGAAAGAGGGGCAGACCGAGUAUUAUAUGCCGUUUGCGGCCGACGAGGUGACGAAAGUCAGCUUCUUCGAGGCCGGGGACAAGAAGGCCCCCUUCGGAGAGUUUAAGGUCGAUGAGGUGGAGUUCGAUCCUCAAAGUCCGACACAAUACUACCGCAUUCUCUUGACCGAACCUCUCGCGCCCGGAAACCAGAUCACCCUCCAAGUGGCUAUCGGCAAGACUACCGUCGUCGAGCCCAUUCCCGCCGAGAUCGAGCAGGUCGAGAAGCAGUUCCUCCAGUGGACCGGCACGCAAUACGUGGCGAGCGCGUACGUCACCGACAAGCAAAAGACGAAGCUGAAGCUGCCCAACAAUGAAGCGCCCGAGUUCACCAAGCUCACCGCGAAAUCCGACGGCACCUCCGAUCCCACCAAGGUCGGCUCAGCGUUCACGUACGGUCCCUACGAGGACGUGAAGCCGUCGAGCGGCGCCGGAAAGACCGUUAAGAUCAGAUACGAGUACACGCAUCCCGUCAUCGUGAUGGAGAAGCUCACGCGCGAUAUCGAGGUCUCCCAUUGGGGCGGCAACAUCGCUUUCGAGGAGAAAUACGUCAUGACCAAUGCCGCGGCGAAGCUUAAGAACCAGUUCUCGCGUGUCAAGUGGGCGGCGGCCAGCUACUACGGUCCCCCGACGUCUGCGAUCAAGGCCCUCACUUACAACUUGAAGGUGGGCUCGAUCGGCCCUUACUUCACCGAUGAGAUUGGAAAUGUUUCGACUUCCCGCUUCCGCAGCAACAUGCGCGAGUCGCAUCUGGAGAUCAAGCCGAGGUAUCCGGUGUUUGGUGGUUGGAACUACACCUUCACCCUUGGGUGGAACCACGAUCUGAGGGAGUUCGUCCGGGCGAAGCCCAAUGGCGAGGAUUUCGUGCUCAGGGUUCCGCUGUUGGAGGGGCCUAAGGAGCCCGUCGUCUACGGCGAUGUCGAGAUUAGGGUGAUCUUGCCCGAAGGUGCCACCGACGUCAAAUACUCAUCCCCCAUCCCCAUCAUUGGAGAGGAGCACUUCCUCCACAAGACGUUCAUGGACACUAUUGGCCGCACCGCCUUCAAGUUGCGCUUUUCCAACGUAGUUGACGAGCAGCACCACAAGGAGCUGAUCGUGACCUACCAUCUGCCCAAGACCGCUGGCUUCCGGAAGCCAUUCGUCAUCUUCACUGCGCUGUCGACGGUAUUCGUGUUUUCGUGGAUAGUCAGCAAGAUCGAUGUGAGGAUCGGAAAAUAGAGGGCCGCUGUUAGUUUUUAGGGGUUCGCAGGGUCGGGUUUUCCUUUUUCUUUUGCCUUUUCGUGUUUGGGUUUUUUGCUCUGUAGCUUUAUGGAAAAGUCCCGGUGUAAUCUUCAAAGCCUAUCAUCUGAGCUUCUAGAAGCUGGUGUCGAAGCUCGUUAGUCUCCGCACUCGUGACAUCGGAGACUGCCGACAAACGGGCCCUCCAGGGUCCCACGACUCUUGAUCCACUCCACA